AUGCAAGUGGAAAAGCGGCUGCGAGUAGCGAUCUGUGGAGCUGGUAUCGGAGGCCUUACAUGCGCGUUGGGGCUCGCGAGAUAUCCCGAUAUCGAGACCACUGUCUACGAAAGCUCUGCUAAUCUUACUGAAGUCGGGGCUGGGAUAGGUUUAUGGCCUCGACCUUGGAAGGUUAUCCGGCAACUUGGUCUAGAGCAAGACCUACUCAAAGUCGCUCAGAAAAUUCCACCGGACGAGCUGGUCGCGACCUUCGAACUUCGUAGGGGUGAUAUCAAGCAAAGCCAAUGUCCCUAUCGUUUGGUGACAAAAGGACCACUGAGGACGUUUCACCGUGCAGCCUUCCAGCAGGUCCUUGUCCAGAAAUUCGUGAAAACUGGGCAGAUACAAUACUCGAAACGACUCCGAGGGUACCGUUCCCUCGAGGCGCCGUCUCGCAAAAUCGAGCUUGUCUUCGAAGACGGAUCCCUUGCGUUCUGCGACGUGCUCAUCGGUGCAGAUGGGGUGAAGUCAGCAGUGCGUGCGACGAUGCUCACGGCAGAGGCUAAGCUCCUUUCGUCGAACGGCCAUUCGGCGGAGGCCAAUGAACUCCUGGGAUGCAUUCGACCUUCUUGGAGUGGCCAGAUCGUCUACCGUGCUGUCUUUGCAACCGAAGCUCUUCGAAUGCGAUCACCGCACCACAGAGCAAUCCAUCAGGCAACAAUGUACUUGGGAAAAGAUUCUUUUAUCAUCGCCUACCCUCUGGCUCAAAAUAAACUCAUCAAUUUUGGUGCGUUCGUCAUGAGGCACGAUUUGGAGAACACGGAAUACGACGGACCUUGGGUGGAGAAAUCAAGCAAAGACGACAUUUUGGUUCGCUUUGCAGCGUGGGAGCAAGAGGCUAAAGAUUUGAUCGAUUGUAUAGAUACUUUAAGCAAGUGGGCUAUCCACUGCGUGCGGCCUAUACCGACGUAUGUUGGUGGUCGAGUGGCUUUAUUAGGGGACGCAGCCCAUGCAAUGACACCACAUCAGGGAUCCGGAGCCGGUCAAGCAAUUGAGGAUGGGUUCAUGUUGUCUUCACUGCUCGGGAGCUCGUACACGACGAGGGAGACGGUAUCUGAAGCGCUCCGUAUAUAUGAUACCAUACGAAGACCGUUCUCGCAAGACGUCGCUCGAAGAUCCAGAAUUAAUGGCCGGUAUUUAUCUUUCGCGGGUCCUGAAGCUGGCAACUGUGGCGAAGACGAAGUCCUUGAAGUAUCGGAGCUAGGUGAAGCGAUCACUAAGAACUGGGAAUGGGCCUGGAUAUCCACGGUGGAUGAUACGGUAGAUGAUGCUCUCACGAUGCUCUUUGAGUCUUGUAGGAAGUAA